AUGAUGCGCUGGAUAGGGCCUUUUCUCCGUUCGAUCAUUAACGACCGUGAGACCGAGAGGUCCAGGGGCUUCGGCUUCGGCUUCGGCUUCGGCUUCGUCACCUUCAGCAACGAGAAAGCCAUGAGGGAUGCGAUCGAAGGCAUGAACUACCAGAACCUCAACGGUCGUAACAUCACCGUCAACAAGGCCCAAUUUGCUGGCCAAGUUUCCUCCAAAUUCUGUGAAGAUGAAGCAGCCAUUCUGUAUGCAACCGUAGGAUUCUUCUCCAGAGAUUGUCAAGAAACUCUUCAAGGACAUCGUUCGUGA